AUGGCGGGUCGCGGUAGUCGCUCGCGUGCCUGUAUGGUCUGCUCCAUCGUCCAGACUGCCACUGAAUUCUACCGCGUCGGUUGCCCCAACUGCGAAGACAUCCUAGGCCUACGCGGCUCUCAAGACGCGAUUCAAGAGUGCACUUCUCAAGUCUUCGAAGGCUUGAUUGCGAUGGGAGAUCCGAAAACCUCUUGGGUGGCUCGAUGGCAACGCUUGACCGAGUACGUGCCCGGGAUGUAUGCCGUCAAGGUCGUGGGGACGUUGCCGAGAGAGAUAAUAGAUUCGCUGGAGGACAAUGGCAUCAAGUAUAUCCCUAGAGACGGAAGCGGGAUGGAGGAGGAGAGUGUUGCGGCUUGA